UUUGUUCACCCGCCUAUUUUCCUGGCCUAUAUAAUCUUCCCUCCAAAACCCACAUUAGCUUUGGUCUUUCUAAUCAGCUGUACUCUGUUCUGUUGGUUCCAUUACUUAGCUUCAUUCUGGUUUUACUCUGUUCCAGUUCUUGGUUCUUUGGGUUGGCUUACCUAUUGCUUUGGCUUAUUAUUGUUGGCUCGCUUUAUUAUUUAUUGUUGGAUUAAUUUAAUUUGGAAAAUAAAUCUUUUAAAUUUGUUUGGAAUUUUGGUUGAGCUUAUUUUUGAGUUUGGAAUUAGUCCCUAGGCUUCUACUACAUAUUUUUUGGUGCAACGGCCGGGAAACCAUCCUGGUCACUGUAUGGAAUCUAUUGCCUAUUUUUUGGAAUUUAUUGCUCUUGACUAAAUUGCUCAAUUAUAAAUAAUGGCUGCCUGUAUUCGACGCAACAUUACUGCAGUUCUGAAGGGAAUACAAACCUAUACGAGAGAAGCAACACAAUUAAUGGGUAAAGAUAUGGACGAAGGCAUUUGUGAGAGACUGAGGUCAAAGAAGCUAGACUUGGAAUCUGCCAUAGCACGAAUUGUUGAACUGGACACGCAGUGGACUGAUAUUAUAAAUAGUCUUGAUCCAACACAAAGAAUGGCUGAAGAAUCUAUUUACAUGAAUUUCCCGCAUACAGAAACCGGUGGAUUUGAAGACGGACAAGAGGUUCCCCUCUACAAGAGGCAUUUUUUGGAUCAGAAUGAAUUUGCUCGUGAAGUGUUAAAUAUGGUCUCGGAAAUGCUCAGAACCCUGGAACGCUCCCGAACCAACUCUCGGCAGUCUGCGAUGAGUGAGAGUAAUCAUAGCGUAGAUUUGAAUGAGGAGACAAAUAAUGCUAGAACUAACCAUUUGGAUGCUAGGAUGAAUAACUGGAAUAAAUCAUUUGGAUGCUAG